GCCAACGCAGCCUGUUACUUAGCCGGUUUUUUAUGUUGAGGAAUUUGCUAAAAGCACGCCUUUUGAGUCCCCGCACGAUGUCCUGCUUCUCGCAAGUGCUAAACCCGAUGACGGGGGAGAACUCCUGGCAGGAGCGCGGCGAUGAGUACGACUACCACCUGGAGGUGGCCAACGCGGGAUUCGGGGACAUGUUGCACGAUUGGGAGCGGAAUCAGAAGUACUUUGCCGCCCUAAAGAAGACCAUCGGGGGAAUGCGGGCGGCGGGCAGGAAGGUCCAUGUCCUGGACAUCGGCACCGGCACAGGAAUCCUCUCCAUGAUGGCCCUGGCAGCUGGGGCGGAUUCGGUGACCGCCUGCGAGGCCUUUCUGCCCAUGGCAAACUGCGCGGAAAAGAUCCUAGCCGCAAAUGGAGCCGGCGACAAGGUGCGCCUCAUCCGAAAGCGCUCCACGGAGAUCCAGGUGGGCGAGGACAUGCCACAGAAGGCCAAUCUCCUGGUGGCCGAGCUGCUGGACACGGAACUCAUUGGCGAAGGGGCCAUUGGGAUCUACAACCAUGCUCACGCCGAACUGCUCACCGAGGAUGCCCUCUGCAUUCCCGCUCGCGCCAGGUGCUACGCCCAGGUGGCCCAAUCCCCGCUAGCUGCGCAGUGGAACAGCCUGAAAACACUGGCCAACCUGGAUGGCGAACCUCUGCUGCAACCGCCAGAGCAGCUUAAAGGAUGCCAAGGAGAGGCUGCUCUCCACGACGUCCAGCUGUCCCAGUUGCCCAGCUCAGCCUUCCGCCCGCUCACCGAUCCCGUGGAGAUCUUUCAGUUUGAUUUUCAGCGCAAGCAAGAUAGAGAAAAGCAGAGGGAGCAGCUACUAAAGCUGCAAUCCAAGCAACCAGGAGCUGCUGAACUGGUCUUCUACUGGUGGGAUAUCCAACUGGACGACGACGGUGAGAUUCUCCUCAGCUGUGCUCCAUACUGGGCGCAUCCUCAACUAAAAGAACUGGCGGCCGAGAAGGCAACGGAUCACCCGCUGCCCAAUGUAGUGCCCUGGCGGGAUCACUGGAUGCAGGCCAUCUACUACAUACCCAAGCCCUUCCAGCUGCUCGAGGCAGGUAAAUCCUUUCACCUGAGCUGUCACCACGACGAGUACUCCCUGUGGUUCGAUGCUCGCGAGGAGGCGCCCACGAAGAGUGUGCGGCGCCAUACCUGCUCAUGUGACCUGCACAUGACCUACUCGCGCAGCAGGAUCGGUCAGCUUAACCAGUCCCCGCGAAACAAGCGCUACCUUCGCUACCUGGAGGAAAGCAUUGAGGCGGGGAAAUCCAAUGUUUUGGUCCUCGGAAAUGGCUGCCUCCUGGGCUUAGCGAGCUCUGCCCUGGGAGCUGCCUCUGUGCAACUGCAUGAACCUCAUCGCUUCUCGCGCAGAUUACUCGAGUCGAUUGUUCAGCACAAUCAGCUUAAAAACGUCCAGUUUGUGGACAAAGUUGAGGAACUCGAGGAGUCGCAGCUGGCUUCGCUAACCCACAUCUUCGCAGAGCCCUACUUCAUGAAUGCCAUCCUGCCGUGGGACAACUUUUACUUUGGCACCUUGCUGAUGAAAAUUAAGGACAGACUGCCAGAGGGUAUGAAGAUUUCGCCCUGCUCGGCGAGGAUCUAUGCUCUGCCCGUAGAAUUCCUGGAUCUGCACAAGAUUCGGGCACCUGUUGGCAGUUGCGAGGGAUUCGAUCUGCGUUUGUUUGAUGAAAUGGUAGAGCGAUCUGCUGAACAGGCAGUGUCCUUGGUGGAGGCCCAGCCUCUCUGGGAAUACCCCUGCCGCGCCCUUUCCGAACCGCAGGAAGUGCUCAAUGUGGAGUUCAGCAACUUUAGUAAAGAGCACAGCCUUAAGGGCAGCAUAGAACUGAAGCAUCCUGGAACCUGCAAUGGAGUGGCUCUUUGGGUGGAUUGGCAGUUGGUAGACGACAGCAGUCCCAGAUCUAUUGUUAGCAGUGGUCCCAGUGAACCCACCGUUACCGGUGACUUUGUAAAGUGGGACAUGUUUGUCCGACAGGGCGUGCACUUUCCCAGGAAAACCAAAGAAGCCGCCAGCCACCUUGAAUGGGGCACGGACUUCAAGCCACUUCAGGGGGAACUAAACUUUAGCUUUAGCCAAAAGAAGCUUUAGAUUACGAUCGUUUAUUCACAAAAAUUUGGACAAUUUACAAACGAGCAAUGAACGUCAGGGUAAAUGCAUUGAAUGAGUGAUAUUUCAAAC